AUGCAGAAUGUAUUUUCCCGGGACAUGUUUUCAAUGGGUACAUUUGAUGGGGGAGUCAAGUGUAAUGGACAUGUCCAAUUAUCUGGACGUACAUCAAAAAAAGACCGCAAGGGGUGUAAAAAAGAAAAAAUUGAAACAGUACUGAAAAACCGGUUUAUUACUCCAGCAAAAGUUAGACAACCUGUGCUUAAAUUGCCCAAAAUAAAUGUUAAAACCAAAAGUCAAGUCAUUAAACCAGUUGUACCAAUAAAGAAUAACACAGCUGUUGAUCCUGUGGCAAAUAAACCAAAUCUCAAAGAUGAUGUUAUAAAGUUCAAAGAACUAUUGUACAAUACUACAUCUCCAACACCUCCUCCUGUUGAUGUCCCAGAAAAAGUUCAUGAUCGUUUGUCCACUGUAUUUGAAUCAUCACCAAAAAAGACAAAAGCAAAAAAACGAAAUAAAAUUAAGGCUGAUAAAAGUGUGUCUAGUGGAAAUAAAAAACCUGAUAAAAUAGAUCCUUUGAAUGAAAAUGACAAGAACCAGCUAAGCUGCAGUAUAAUUACUAUUCCACCCAAAAGAAAUCAUGCUAAGUUAAGUAAUUGGCAAAAGGAUUGUGGAACCAGACAUGAAACGUUGCAAAGGAUACUAAAAGAAUAUGAGAAAGAAGCUAAAUUGAGGGGAAACCUAUAUCCUUUAGAUUUAGUAUCAUCUGAUGGAUCAUCUGACACUGAUGAUCCAUUGAAUUUAGAGUUAGAGGAUGCACCGUAUCAAAGAUUUUGGUUACCUUCCGAUCAAAUUGAACCUUUAGAUCGAGAUACUAAAGUGAAAAACUUGCGAUCAGUACUUCGGCGAAGGUUUCAUCAAUUAUCUAACCUUCCUGAUAACUCACCAUCUCCUGAUUUAGUAUUAGCAAUGACAAGCGCUAUACGACAUGAUCCUAUUUGUAUCAAUAAAUUAGUAUGCCGAGAUUCUGAUUUUAAACCUAAAUUUAAAAGUAUUGGUGGUGUGUCUAUGGUACAGCAAAAAUGUUGUUUGGAAAGAUGCCACGAUCCUGCUAUACCGUGCACUCGUCAUUGUCUUAGACAUAUUUUACGAAAUGUUGACCAACUCCUUUUUGAACACUGUUCUGCACGAACUAAUCAAGGUCCGUGUACCAAUGCUGUGUUUAAUGUUCAUGAUGUACAGCCUUUGUGCUUUGACCAUUUGUACUCUAAAGAAACAAUAAUUCCGGCUGAGGAAGUACCUGUUGUCAAGUCUAAACCACGUAAAAGGCCAAAGAAUGCUCCAUUUAACAAGCUGUCAAAGCGUAGUAAAAAGAAAAAGCAACUGCCUAAAUUCCCUCUUGAGCCCCCAUCAUAUACAGAAACGAUUGAACCUAAUACUAUUGAGCCAAUUACAUGCACUAACGAUCUGCCUCAAAAUAUCAGUUGUGAUGUUACAUCACUUUACUCGUCUGUUGCCAAUCCUGAUAUUUAUUUACAUCCUGUUGGUAGUAAUAUUAUUACACACGAAGUAGAAGUUGGUGACGAAGUACUUGCUGGCUUGGAUGCAGCUGAUUUAGCAAGUCAUGCAUCACGGCUAUUGGAUGAUCACGAUGAUAUUACAAGCGUGUUCAGUCAAAUACCUGUAGAUGCAUUCAACGAUCUCUUUACUGUUGAUAAAAAUGGACAGUAUGUACCUUCUCGUGAAGAAACUGAAGAAUUAGAAAGAGCAUUGGAGGCUGUUGACAUGGAUGUCAGAUCGCUUGAAAGAUUGUCACAGUCACACAUGGCCAAUAUUUUGGAUCCUGCUUCACUACUAGCAGACUUACCGAUACCUCCUUUUUCCAGCUCAUAG